UUUUCAUUAGGAGGCGGCCGGCGGCCGAUUUGACCGCCUCAAAUGUUAUUCAGGCCGGCUCAAAUUGGGAAAGAAAAUUAAAAAAAAAAAACAUCGGCAAAUUUACACGACGAUGACGAGAUAUUUAGUAUUCGUUAAUAUACUAACUGUCUGAAACGGAAGUAAGAAACCUUAACCGAUAUAUGUUAACUGCUUUCUCAUUGGUCGUAUCGAUAUAAUUGUCCAAUCGCGGAGCAGGUAACGAGACUGUACGGCUUUGAUUCAAGGUCACAAACUGUGACAAAGUCAACAAUUGGAAUUGUCAAAAAAAAAGAAAAAUAAACGACUUUUUCAUUUGUGUUUCGAGUAAGAACGAUAGUUCGCUGUUGAAGUUAUGUUGUUCCAGUUUUGUUAACGUUUAUCAUUUACCGGCACCUCCGGAUAAAUGCACUUUCCUGCUACACUUACAUUUCGUUUUUUAUUCGAUUUUCGACAGAUUUCGCUGUUGUUUAGUUUCUCCGCGGAAUUUUGAUCCUCCGAGCGGUAAGUGGAUUUAUUUGUUACCACAAUUUACAGGAGGGUGAGUCUUUCAUUAGGAUAAAUGAAACUCUUGAGCCCCAAACUCUCCUGAUUUUUUCAUGAUUAAGGUCGCACUUGGCUGCCUAAAAUACUAAAUAUAUUGAACUGGCACUGCAAUGUUAAGCUAUGUCCCAAUUUGUUUUUGCAAAAAAUGGCCUCAGAUGAGAAAAUUUGUAAAAAUAUCACUGCUGUCUCAAACCAAGUCAUUGCUUGCCAAAAAUGGAAUUAAACUAUAUUGUUAGAUAAUCAUUAAAUCUCAUUUAUAGGCUCUCAAAACAAGGCUACGCAACAGACUUAGCACAACUAUGCUUGAGUCCCUGAUGUAUGUGUGCAUAAAUGGUCCUGAGCCAAACAGUCCUGAAGCCAAGCAGCAUGUCAAGUCAGCAGUCAAGCUGUGGCUAGACAAGAAGGAGAGGCGGAAGAUUCCCCCGAAGCAGCAAAGGGCCUCAGCAUUAGCACCAGUUCUUACACUUGUGAAUGCUGGGGUCCAAACUGAUGUUACUGAGGGGAAUGAUGAGCUGAGAAUGAUUGAGACAGCUGUUGAUAUAGCAAUACAAAAACUUAACCUGGCAUCAAAGGAAUAUGAUCCAAAAUCAGAUAGUGAAUUAUCGGAUGAUGAUUGUUGUGGCGACUAGUCUAGUUGCCACAACAAUCAUCAGAUAGUGAAUUAUCGUAUGAUGAUUGUUGUGGCAACUAGUCUAGUUGCCACAACAAUCAUCAUCCGAUAAUUCGCUAUCUGAAUCAGAUUGUGAAUUAUCGUAUGAUGAUUGUUGUGGCAACUAGUGCCUCUGGCCCCAUGGACCCCUGUCCAGGGUGUGCCCUGAACUCACCGUGGGCCCUAUCGGCACCCAGAUUUUAUUUUCAGGAUUUCAAAUUUGGGACAAUUGACACACUUGAGAGUUGAUGUAACCUGAGGACUUAAUAAUUCACAUUAAUACCCUCUAUUUUAACUGAGGAAAAUCAUGUAAAAUACGUGCCCAAAAUUGCUCAGAAGCCACGAUUUGGCACCUUUAUUACAAAACAUUUACGGGGGGAUGCCCGGACCCCCCUAGCAGGUUGGCCUCCUCAAAUAACUCAAAAGUCUGCUACAAAGAAUCCUAAUGAAA